AGACACAAAAACCUCGUGAUCGGAAAAGGCAGAUCCAUGGAAGACUGUUCCCGCUCGUCACGUGGCUUCUUUUGACUACCCAUUACCCAAUGACCAAAACUAAACAACACCCCCACUCUCUCUCUUUCUCUCUUUCGACCUUUCUCCUUCCAUUCUAUGCCAUGCUAUAAAUCCAAACUACUUCAACCCAAUUAUUGCAUCACCUCACCAACCCCUAUAUUAAGGAGAACGUUGUUUACAUUUCUCCCCCUCACUUCUUAUACCAUUUUCCAUCUUCUUUCUUUCUCUCCCUAUCCAGAGCCACUUCAUCAAUAUCGUUGUUGUUGCAGUGUCUUCAGGGGAACGUCAUGGGACCCUGUACAUGUGGCACCUCCCACACCCAAACCACCUCCUUCUCCAUGCCUUUCUCAGUCACAAACCAUAAACAACCUUACCAAGAUUCCGACAUUUACGAUUAUUCCUUCUCCUCCUCGUCUUCUUCUUCCUCUUCCGUUGUUGACUGCACCCUCUCCCUCGGUACCCCAUCCACCCGUUUCUCCCAAGACCAGGAAAAACCUACUCGCCACCACCAACGUACCUCCGUUUCCAACUUCUGUUGGGACUUACUACAAUCCAAACACAGCCCUCAAUCCCAAACCAAAUCCUCCAGAACCCCCAAUACCACCUCAAACACCGACCCUCUCAUCGCUCGCCGCUGCGCCAAUUGUGACACCACCUCAACUCCCCUUUGGAGAAAUGGCCCCCGAGGCCCCAAGUCACUGUGCAAUGCGUGUGGGAUUAGAUUCAAGAAGGAGGAGAGAAGGGCGAGUGCCGCGGCUGCACCGCCGCAGCAGGCUUCUGGCGGCAUGAUGGAAUCGGCGCAGGUGUACAACAACUCCUGGUACGCACACCCGCAGAGUCAGAAGAUGCAGUGUUUCUCGCCGGGGAUGGGGAGCGAGUUCUGUUUCGCGGAUGACGGCGACCGAGACGCCGAUAACGGCAUUCCGUUUCUCUCGUGGAGACUCAACGUCGCAGACAGAACGAGCCUCGUCCACGACUUCACAAGAUAAAUGUUGAAAACAAAAAUCAAUAGCAUAUUAUAAUGAUAAUAAUAAUAUAAUAAUAGUCACACAAGAUAUUACAAAAGGAGGUAGCUGGCUAGCGUGGUUACCCUGGAUACGGUCAAGACCAAUCAAACACACAGGCAGUUAUACGUCAACGUUUUACGAUGAUGUUUUUGAUUGCGAUGGUUAUGAUGGUCUCGAAUCGUGGAUAUUAUGUUUCUUUUUACCUUUUCCGUUUUGUUUGCUUCCUUUCUCGCCCUCGGUGUGAGAAUGGGAUAAUUCUAUAUUCUUAUUAGCUUGCUUUUUCUUUGGAUUUAUUUCUUUAACUUUCUCUUUCAGUUACGUAUAAACCUACUUUUUCGUUGUCUCA